CGGAGUGAAUGACGAUGCAACGUCUGAACAGUGCUAUCAACAGUAUGUUUAAUAAAUUUGAGUGAUUAAAAAUAUAAAAAUCAGUGGUCUGGACUCUCUUGUGUGUUUGUAAACACGAGAAGGAGCGAAUGAAUGGGUAACAGUGGCUAUGACAAUUUAAAUUGGAAAAUUUCUUUUAUAUUGUGGAACGCGGCGACUACGCCGUCUCCUUGUGCGCGAGCUAGCUCUCUUCCAACAGAAAACGGUGUUUCUGUCUCCAGUAGUGCACGUUGACCCGGCGAGAACGCUUGGGCAACAACGUAUUCCUUUUUGUUUAAACAAUAGCUAUAAAGUAAUCGGUUAUUGGACAUUUUCGGGACAUUUUCAACGAAUCAUUCGACGUUCUACUGGAUUUCUCAGGUUCACUAUUACUCUACAUCACCAUUUAUUCCAGUUAUUUUAAUCAUUCUUUAUUAUGAUGUAUCGGAGUUCGGUUUAAUGUUUUUGUGUGCCACGGAAUGGUGUACGUGUUUACCGACUGAGUGAGAGAAUGGUGUUUGUCGAGUGUGGAUCGAGAUGAGGCAAAAUGGUUACGUUUUCUCUGUGUAACGCCCCAUGUUUUUACACCCCGACACCCGCACUGUGGGGAAAAGGGGGUUAGAAACAAAAACAGAGUGGAGUAUUCUUUAGUUUGAAUAUUUCUCAGUGCACUCCGGUGAAUUUUGGGGAGUGGAUUUUUUCAUGUGACGUUGAAUUUCAAAACGUUUCGAUGGUGUUCACCUUUGCGUCCCUGUUUCGUAUCUCAGUGAACUGAAUUUUCAGUGUGUUUGAGUUUGGUUUUGAUGGUUGUGAUGAUACGAGGUUGAAUCUUCGUGCUGGCAAGAUAGAGGAGAAUUAGUUGGUGUGGAACAGUGGAGGGACGAGUGAAACAUGGAUAGAGUUUUUAUUCGUCUCUCGGUGAAUUGCCGGAGGAAAAAUGCAAUCGUAAUGACGUGGGAGGGGUUUUUUUUUUCUUCAUGGUGAGUUCGAACAUUUGCGAUUAGCGAAUUCUUGAUGACGUGGUUUCGCCGACGGUUGAGCGAAAUCCGAGGUUUUUGUGGAUGAGUCAUGAAAUAGUGGAUUAAGAAAUGGAAUUCAUGGGGAUUCAGUGGUUAGUCUGGGCUCUUGGAGUGAUUGAAAGCAUUAGUGAUAUAUUUAACGUGCUACAGGCCUUUGCACGAUGACGUGGAAGCGUUAGAAAGGUGAUGCAAUUCAGCAGCAGUGCCUUGGGAAUACGGAGACCCUGAGGAACGAGGAGUGGUAGAGCAUCACGAACGUGGGAGAAAAACGACAGCGGAUCAUGCCUGAGUUUAUUGGUGCGCGUGUGUAAAAAAAUAUCCAAGUGAGAGGAGUGUAAUUGUAAAAAAAUCACGGGCAAAUGGCGAUCCGAGAGUUAUAAGGAUAGAUGAUAAAUAUAUACAGCGUGAAUGCAUAGGAAGUUGAGGAAAAGUGUCAAGUGUAGAGAGAUAACACGGAGGGAUGAUAAAUAAGUGAAUUUUCGUGCUCGAGAAAAGUGCAACUUCCUCCCUCUUGUUACUCCCCUGGUGUAUAUAUCAAAGUGUUCUCAACUCUAAUUUAUCUUGAACUGGAUUUAUUUGUGACAUAAGGUGGUUCAUUACUCAACUGAAAGUAAUCACGAGAAAAUUCGUGCGGAUGCACGGACGCGUGUGCAAACGCGUGACUUUACAAGGUGCGUCAGUGUGCGUAUUUAUUUGUGUCUGUGAAUCCUCGUGACUUGGGAGGAUUUAACGCGGGAAAUUCGUGUUCUUCCUGCAGCGGAUGACGUCAUUACCGUACAUAAUGCUCCAAGGGUGAUGGAGACAGUGGGCAAGCAAGUCCAGGUAGUGAGUGGACUGGGGGUGGGGGGUCCGGUGGGGGGAGAUCUUCACCAUCAUCACCACCCCCACCCCCACGGGGGGCACGGACACUCCCUAGUUGGCGGUGCGUCCACCCCCGCCCGCGUUCAGCCCCAAACACAUCAGGCCCAACCGCCACCGCCCUCGCACAAUCAGCAUCUACCAGCGAGAUCCACACCCGUACAGCUGCACCGUCCAACUCAGAACUACAUAAACAUCAAAAGCAACAGUCCGAUACCAGCCCGUACUGUAGCUGUUAGUAGUUAUGUACAGGGUGGAACUGGUACACCAUCAGCCAGUGGUGUAGGACCACCAGGUAACAGUGGAGCUGGAUCAACUGCUGGUGUUACUGGCUCUGCCGGUGGUAAUUACGUCACAGUACCAGUGCCAAGUGGUCUCAGAUAUGUACAUUCUUAUCAACCACCGCCAGCACCAUCCGCCCCCGUCAAUCAGACACCACCGCCACCAGGUGCAGCUGCCGCUUACACCAGGGAUCCAUACAGAAAUGCCACGUCUAAUGUAUCGGAGAGGGUGGCGAUAAGUGUUAGCAGUAGUCCAGUAACUCAAGUGGGUGUUGGUGUUGGUGUUAGCGCUAAUGAAUAUCCUCCGAAUAGCCGGGGUGACCGUCCACGAAUAUCCCUGUUACCACCUGCAUCAGUAGCACCAUCGCCAUCACCAACAAGCGCUGAUUAUCAUGUUACGAGUAAUAGGAAUCAACGGGUACUAAUGCCAAUACUUGCUGUUGACCAGUAUGGUAGGCAAGUGGAAAUGGCAACGUUACAGGAGGCACCGCCCUUCAAGAAGAUACGUCUUGGUCAGUCCCAGCAACAACCAUCCUGUCAGACUAUUUCCCCGGCUGAUGUGUGCAUUAAACAGGAUCGUGUACAGCUGCCUCAACCACUCAGGAUAGAUACACGGCCGACAGCAGGUGCCUACACACCACAGACAGAGGCAAUAUCACCUACCCUACCCGAGCCAACGAUUCAAGAGGAUGCUGCAUUUCGUGUUACCAAGGAUGAAUUGCUUCAGCAAAUUGGCAGAGUUGAUCGAGAAAUUGCUAAACGAGAGGGUGAGAUUACGACACGUAGGAAAAAGCUCAAGACCUUGGAAGAAACAGCGAAUAAACCCCUUGAGCCAAGUGGAUUGAAACGACCGGUUGAGGAGCAAUCGCAACCAAAGCACCAGUCACCGGCACAGAAAAUUUAUGCUGAAAAUAGAAAAAAAGCGGAAGAGGCGCAUCGGCUAUUAGAUAGGCUAGGACAAAAGGUAGAGCUGCCGUUGUACAAUCAACCGUCAGAUACAAAUGUCUAUCAGGAGAACAAAACGAGGCAUCAGACGUGCAUGAGAACACGACUUAUUGCUAGAUUACGUGGGGAACAUUCAGAACGUGCCUCACUCCAUCGACAACAAUCUCAGACUUAUGCGAUACUCGUUCAAGAGUGGCAUCGCAAAGUUGAGAGGCUAGAGUCAGCGCAGAAGAGAAAAUCAAAGGAAACGAAAAAUCGGGAAUUCUUCGAGAAGGUCUUCCCCGAGUUGAGGAAACAACGGGAGGACAAGGAGCGAUUCAACAGGGUUGGUGCUCGUAUAAAGAGCGAAGCCGAUCUUGAGGAGAUUAUGGAUGGGCUUCAGGAACAGGAGAUGGAAGAUAAGAAGAUGCGCUCGUAUGCCGUUAUUCCACCCUUGCUGCUCGAUGCCAAGCUGAGGAGAAUUGCAUUUCAAAAUAGAAAUGGUUUACUACAACCUGAGGAGCUGGAGGCACUUCACAGCGAGAGAAAAUUGAUAAAUGUUUGGAGUGCUGUUGAGCAUGAAUUGUUCAAAGAGAAAUAUCUACAGCAUCCCAAGAAUUUUGGAGCCAUAGCUCAAAACUUAGAACACAAAUCAGUUCCUGACUGCGUGCAUCAUUACUACCUCACUAAAAAAGCUGAAAAUUAUAAACAAUUGUUGCGAAAGUCACGACAAAGAACGCGUAGCUCUCGAAACAAUCCUAACAAUAAGGUAAAUAAUAGUAAUUCUAGCAUCGGACCGAUAGAUAUAUUAACGACAGGUGUAACGACGAGACUGCAGCGUGAGCAGCAACAAAAGACCCAAGAGAAUCCCCAAAAUAAUUCAACAUCAACAACUACCUCGUCCACAACAACUACGACGAAUACACUGACAACAACAACAACAACAUCCAGCACACCUAGUUCCUCACAAACGAGUACAUCGGUACCAACAAGUAGUAGUAGUACAGCGAGUGAUUCGGGAAUAGUGACAACCGCUGCCUCCGUCCAGAGUACGACGACAUCGACAACAAAUGUAUUAACAACGUCAACGUCGAGCGCCAAAGAGGCGAGAGAAGCUAACAAGGAGAAUAAAGAGAAUAAGAAUGAUACCAAGGAAUCUGUUGUUAAGGACCUCAAGGAGGAGCCCAGUGGGGACUCAACCACGGGGAAGGACACUAAAUCAACGGAAAGUUCAGGUGGUAAUUCAUGCGUGAGUGUUGUGGGUGCAAACGAAACAGUGAUGCAAACAUCAGAACCGAAGGAGAAGAAGAAGCAAGCAGCUGUAGCAGCGUCGAAUGUCACGACUAGCAGAACAAAGGACAAAAAGAAGGAAAAUCAUGCAACACCCAUGGAAACGAGUGACGAAGAGGCUCAGACGCUCGACCCAAUCGAGAGUGGGAGACAACUGGGUCCUCAUGCUUGUGCAAUAUGCCAAAAUGUGGUAGAGGGUGGCAGCCAGUCGCGUGCGUUGUCACGCAGUCAGGCGUCCCAAUAUGGUCUGAGGGAGGAUCAGGUACAGCCUGGUGCACGUGUAUGCAACACAUGCAGGUGCAAAGCUGUGCGUGGUCGUUACACUGCCUGUCCACUUCCGGGCUGUCCAAAUGUCAAUAAUGCCAAUAACAAGACGAGAGUUAAAAGACUCAGGGCACUGCCACCUAAAUGGAUGGAAUUACCCCCGGAGAUACGAGAUCCCGUUAUUCAAGAAUUUCAAAUACCAAACAAUGCCACUAAAUGCUGUUCAGCCUGUUUCAAUCGAAUAUCUCGCCGUUUGGCCCCUCACCUGUCUGGUGGGGCUGAUGCUACUGAUGAAGCAUCUGAAUCGAUAGCACGACAAUGGACAGAUGACGAGCUGAAGCUAUUCAGGCGUGCCCUUCGUGAGCACGGCACUAAUUGGCCAAAAGUAUCCGAACAAAUAGCUGGCAAAUCGAAUCACCAGUGCAAGAAUUAUUACCUGACGUAUCGUAAGAAAUUGGGAUUGGAUCAAGUGGUGGCUGAGUACUAUCAGUCAUUGGGUGAGGAGAGGAGGCCGUGUUUGACGGACGAGGAGGAGAGCGGUAGUAGUACAAGUAGCUGUGACGAAAUGGCUGUGCAUGAUUCGAGUGAUACUGCUAGUGCGGGUAGUCCUGCUAAUACAAUAUCGAGCAGCACACCUGGUUCCAUGGGACCAUCCACCGCCACUGGAACUAUCAAAAGCAGUUCAUUCCCACAGGAAAAUACUGCGGAUAUCAGAAUUUCACUUGUUCCACCUACGCCUGCAACCUCUGGCCCACAGCAACCCACCACUGCUGGUGGCCACACUACCAAUAAUCGAGAGGAUUAUGACAGUUCUGCUACGGAGACGGCGGACGAGGGUCAGGGUGGGGCAGACGUGGAAAAUGCAAAUUCAACAGCACCAUCGACAACAACAACAACAAGCACAAGUACGAUAUUACAAUCACAAACGGCCUCACAAUUGCAACAAUCGACGCAACGCGAACAACCACCACCAGGACACUCACCACCCUCAACGAGCAAUGCCAAUCCCCUCACUGUCAAGGAUCUCAUGUUCGAUGUUAUUGAGAUGCAGCUCAAACGGAAUCCCAACAGUACGUCGACGAGCUCAGUAACACCCACGAUAUCCAGUAUUCUAAAGACAGAUCACAGAAACGAUAUCACAUUUGUUCGUGAAUAUAAGCCAUCGUCGAGUUUACCCUCUACUGCCAUGUCCAAUAGGGACUCGAAUUUGGCAACACUGUCAGUCGUUUCUGUACCUCAUCAUACUCACAGAUCAGCCCCGAGUCCUCAACAAAUUGGUCAAAUGCAGGCGACAAUAACACCAAUGCCCCCAGUUCCAGCACCGAAUCAGCCCCCUUCAGCGGAUCUCCUGCCGAAGGAAGGUCUGGUGGUGAUGCAGGUCCAGCAGGCCCUCCGAGAGACCGAGGGUACCCUAGAUCUCAGCAUAAAGAAGCCCCGCCAACAGCCGUCACUCCCUCUCCAAUCUCAGCCCCAACCCCAAGAGUACAAUCACACCCUGCAACCUCCUCACAAGGCGCCACAAAUGACGAUGUAUCGUCCGGAACCUCCUCCAGGUGCUUACUAUCACCCACACGCUCAUGAGCAAGGUCGAGGUGCGAAGAGCCCUCUCGUAUACACCUCAUCCCCGCGCCCUCAGGCCCCAAUUACUCCCAAGAUGAACAAGGUUACAGUGCCCUCACCUCACCCCAAGCUAUCUCCAAAACUGGCAAACAUGAGUACCCCCCACAAAGGUGGUUCCAUAACCCAUGGAACUCCAGUCUCCGGUGCCAGAUACGAAGGGCUUCUUCGUCAGAUGACACCUCCAGGCACAGCAUCAGCAUCGGCAAAUACUCCGGCCCCCAAAGAGUCUGGCUCCAUCACCCAGGGAACCCCAGUUCAUCCAUUCACCGUUGAAAAACGCUCACUGUACGAUUCCCAUCGUCCUAUCAGACAUUCACCAGCGACAACGAUUGCCCCACCCCAGAGCCCUAACCAGGGAGUUGUUGUCACCCACAGCAAUUACAAUUCCUACUCUGCGAGACCACCACCGAGUUAUACUAUGGAGCAGCAGCUCUCCUCCCGUCAGAUCAUCAUGAAUGACUACAUAACGAGUCAGCAGAUGCACCAGCGAAAAGGCACAACAGCCAGCAACGAGAGCUCCAGUAAAACCGAACCACCACCAGGUACUCUCUACUACACGAGUACUCCACCACCUCCUACGCCACCUCAAUCUCACACCCAGCAACGGCAGGGUGUUAUCCAUAGGCACAAUCCCCAGAAGCAGAUUCAUUAUCAUCCGCCACCAGCGGGGCUCGAGGCUUUCUCAAGUUUAGUUGACGUUGCUGUACAGCAGCCCAGUUUGCCUGUACCUCAUCCACAUGGACAUCCACCCUCAGGGAGUAGUCACGAGGGUCUUGGUAAGACGAUGGCUGAUCGAUUGCUCGCUGACAGGUAUGUGGAUAAUAAUCGGGCCUAUCGAGAGCAAGACUUGAGGAGACAGAGGUUGGCGAUGGAAAUGGCAGCUUGUCAUCAGCGGCAAUUGGAUAGGGAGAGGGAUUUUCAUCGUCAGGAAAAGGAAUACAGAAUGCAGAAGGAGAGGGAGGAGCUGCAACUGUUGGAGCACAGAUUGGCUGUGCAGCAUCAUCAGAGGGAGAAGGAUAUGCAACAAGAGAGGAUAGACAGGGAGAAGCAAUUGCAGCAUGAGCACAUGAUGCAGCAGAGGGAGAAAGAGGAGAGGCUAAGAGAGCAGGAGAUGCAACACCAGAGGGAACAGAUUGCUGCACAUCAGAGGGAGAAGGAGCAUCAGGAACACAGGAUGGCACAGCAGAGAGAGAAGGAGAUUCAACAUCAGAGAGAACAGCUUGCUGUGCAUCAGAGGGAGAAGGAUAUGCGCGAAAAACAGGAGCACAGGAUGGCGGUUCACAGAGAAAGAGAAAUAGCGCAUCUUCAUCAACAGCAGAGGAUGCAGGAACAACAGCAGAUGCAACAGCACAUUCUGGGACAGAGGAUGGAGGCUGAGAGGAGGCACAUGGCACAGAUCUUUAGAGAUCAGCAGCAUCAACAUAUUGAUAGGGAGUCGGGAAGACUUCUCAGCAGUGGGUUCUCACAGUCAUCGAGACCUCAGCAGCCACCUCCGCCACCUCCUCCCCAGCAAACGUCAGCCUCGUCGAGGCCUAGUCCUGCUUCUUCGAACUCACAAUCUGGGGAGAAUUCAACACUCACCGCUGCCAGUUUGAUCGAUGCCAUUAUCACUCAUCAAAUUAACCAGAGUUUUAAGAGCACUAGUGGAGCACCUACUGCUAAUAAUCAACCUACGAGACCGGGUGAUAGGUUAUUCCAGGGAUUCCAUCGAGAUAAUCCAGCAGAGCCCAAUGGUGUUGCCCACAGUCCAGCUGCUGAGAGUUCUGGUGGUAAUAGUGGACCACCCAGUGAACCACUAAGGGAUGGAAAAUCAAUUACUCUUGGUGAACACGUGGAGCACAUCGUCACGAAGGAUUUUUGCCCACCACAUGCGUCUUACCGUUCGUACCCAGGUUAUCCCCUGGCAGACGAUCAAUGGAAGCGUCGUGAUCCCGAGGCAGAGUCUGGCAAACCUGGCGAUGAGCGUCAAAUAAUUCGUGUAUCCCAGGGACAACAGCAGUCUCAGGUCCCUCAACAGGCUCAACAACCACCAACAUCAGUUGCCAAACAGUUUCAUAGUGUUGAACCAGUUUCGCCGCCAGAGGCAACGCAGAAUCAUUAUGCCAGACGAUUCUAUGAGUCCGCCACAGCCACAACGACAUCAGCUACACCACCCAAGCCUCACUUGUCCCCUUUAGAUUACGUAAAGAAUAAAAUAGUUGAGGUUAUGAGGACCUCUGAGGACGACAAAACAACUGGCAGUGGGGAGAGAAACAGUGGCAAUGGAACAGCUGAUAAGGAUGACAAACCUGCUGAGAGCCCCUCUGGUGAGAUGGUCAUCGACGAGAGUCCAAAUCCACCCACUCAACAACCACCACCAGCACCUACAACAUUCUAUCCAUUCAGUGCACUGGGAGUUCACACAGGACCACCUCCAGCACCACCUCCACCCACUUCGGGCUCAACAACUGUAACAAAAUCUGAACAGCUCGAGCCAGCACCACAUCUCUCAGCUCAGUACGAACCACUCUCCGAUGAGGAUUGAUCGACCACCUGGAGUCAUCCGCAUCCCUGAUGUCUCGCUGUCUAGUGACUUGCUUCGGAAUAUUUUUUUUUAUUAAUCUUUCACGUGUCUCUUUAUUAAGGAGGGAAUUGUUCAUGAAGACAAUUCUGCCUCGCUCUUUUUUAUCAUCAUUUUUGCGUGAAUUGCAAUGCUAACGAACUUUAGAAAAAUUUAUGAUUUUAGAAAUUUAACCUGUACAUGGUUUUUAUCUCAGUUUCGAGACGUCAUUCCAGUUGACUCUGCACUUUUUUUUACUAUGAAUUUUAUGGAAAUUGUAACAUUUUUUUUGUGAAAAUUUCGUUGGGAAUGAUAAAGUGCGUGAAUUAUUAAAAAUCAGAGUCAUUCCUUAUAUAUUUUUUGUUUUGUAUUGAGGAAGAUUGUAGGAUGGACAAGUCCAAUGGGAGGAUGAACAUUGAUGUGGAUAAAGAGAUUUAAUGAAAUUAACAAAAAUGCCGGCUUUCUAGUGCAUGGCAUCGACGCUUAUUUGCAAUUGCCCGAUGGACAACUUGAAUUCAUGAAUUAUUGAUCAACAGUGGGGGUUGAUGAUGAUAUAUUUGAUUUUUCGUGUUUUGUGCAAAAUGAAUGGUAAUCAUUUUUUCUUUUGUAUAUAUUAUAAAUGGAUAAUCGUUAAGACGACGAAAGAAUGGUACGACGUUAAAGGUGUGUGUGUUUUUAUUUAGAAUGAGUCUGUGAUGAGUACCGGUGUGAGAUAUUAAAAUAAAUACCGUGUUUUCGAGUCCAUCUGAAAGACACUUCGGUGGGAAGAGAAAAAUAAAACGGUUUGCAACACGCUUCUGAGAUAGAAAGAGAGAAAGAAAAAGAGAGACCUCGUACUAUCGUAUGGUGAAUUAACGUCUAUGAAAAGAAAAUCAUCCCUUUCCUGUUCAAUUAUUUUUCCUUUUUUGUCGGGUAAAAGUGAUUGAUGAAUUUGUAACAUGUAAGCGUUGUAUAUAGUACAUAAUAUUUACAUUUUAAGACGAGCAAGUAAUUAUAUGAUUACUAGAUUAUAUUAAUAACGAUAAGUGACUAGAAGUUUUUAGUAUAUAAAAUGAAAAAAAUUUAGGUAGCAUUAUAGAAGGUAGAAAUUAAAAAAACAAAUAAAAAUAACAAAGUAAUUCACGAACUGACUAGGGAACUUCUCUCAAGACUACGUUCUCUUCAUGAUGAAAAUAAAUAAUGAAAAACGACAAAUUGCAGAUACAACCAAUUAUGAAAAGAUUAAUAAUAAUAAUAUGAAUUAUCAAUGAAAGAAUGGAUGUGGAUUUUAUUUGACUCAUUAAAUUAAUUAGAAACUUCUGAUUUUCCUCUUUUAUUUUCAGAUGAUAAAAUAUACAUUUUUUUCUAUGCUCAUGUGUACUCACAUUAGUUUAACAAAUGGAUUAUGAAAGCACUCACUUUUUUAUACAGCCUAAUUUUAUAUUUGUACGUGAACUUGAAUUGCUGAAGACAUGCGCCUCAAGUCGUCGUUAUUAUCGGCUUUAAAUCAUCCGAAUGGGAUACGAUAGAACGAGGGAAAUUGUAAAGAUCAUUUUUUCAAUAAUCCAAUUGUCGUUUUUUCACCUCUUUAGCUUAUUUCCUUUUGUAAUUACGAAUUGUGUCAAUCGCUGGAUCAUUUCGAAUUCGAACACAAGGAGACCGGUGCCUUUCAAGAUGUAUUAUCCUCGAAUAAAUAAUAUGUGUAUCGUGAAAACCAAUUCUUCUUCCUGCUCGAAUUCACUCAGUAAUUUUUAAUGCGCGUAUCGAUAUUUACGUUUUUUCACCUGACAAUUGCCCGCCCUCAUUAUUAAUUAUGGAUAAAAUUAUCAAUACGUGUAUUUAAUCAUUUUUACGAACUGACGAGCUUACGACUCCACAAUUCAAUAGCCCCGAAACCUGAAUGAUAAAACAUUCUCAAUGUUCGGUUAAAAGUAUUGUCUUCAAUCUGGCAGGAAUAAAUUUUGUGGGGGUGGGGCAGAAUGGAGAUUGAUGAUCUUUCAACAAUUUAUUAUUUCUUCGAUCUUUGGUCAUCUUAUUCUAACAAUUUCCUCUUUGAUUGAUGUAAUCUGGCCUGAAAAAGGAUAAACCGUGCUUCUCGAAAAUAUUCAUUACUCAGUAACAAAUUCAAUACUUGAGUUCAUAAAAAAUUCAUGCACAUGAAGUGAUAAAAUAGAAUCAGUUAAUUUCACUGGAGAUUAGGCCUUGGAAAACAUCGCUGAAUUGAACAAUAAGCCGAUGACGUACGGGCCGUGCAUGAACACACAUUACUUAUUGUUAGACGAUUCAGUGAAUAGAAAAGUAUUUUAGAAAACGGUUUCCUUAAUUAAUUCUCAACAGGUAAUUCUUCAAAAAUUUAAUCUAUUCUCCCCUGAUUCAAAGAGCUUUAACGAUAACUCCAUAGUUUCACCACUUCAUAAAUUGAUUGAGCGAUUCGGUAAGAGAAAACCGACAAGUUUUGAAAAACGAAAUAAUUUUUCUCUGCAUGAAUAAGCCCAGAUAUCCAUCUCCCGUCAUCGUGGUCCUUUCAAUCACCUCAGAUAACAUAUAAUAAGAGGACAAGAAAAGAAAAUGCUAUCACUGCUACUGCUCCAAACGAGAUAAACGAAAAAAAGCUGCAAAUUAAGAACAAGAACCUAGACUAGAGAGACGUGAUUGUAAAACAAAUGUACCUAUUCUGAUAAAAAUCAAGCCUGAACGAAAGAUUGAGUCAAUGCUCAAUCAUGAAACCGUGGAAAACAAAGGCUGUAUUAUACAUAAAGAAAAUGAAUAAACACUAAUUGAAUAAAACUGAGAUAAAAUAAUACCGAGGCACUCGUCCCCUCACUUGAAAA